AUGCCAGUUCAUAAACCACCAAAGUUCCACAAAAAGAAACCCGUGGCCUGCCAACGAUGCCACGCGCACAAGGUCAAAUGCUCCGGUGACCAUCCCUGUUCCCGAUGCCACCAUGUCGGCCGGGGCGAAGAAUGCCAGUACUCGCUGCGAGACCGCAAGUUAAAGAUCAACGAGAGUUAUCUCGACCAGAUUCUCGCGGAGAACCACCAACUACGAGCGCAAUUACACUCGCGCCAGGUUUCUAUUACUUCUGAUACUUCGGGUUUUGGUCAGAAUCAACGGCGUGGGUCGAAUUCUACUUCGCCCGUUCGGAAUCCGCUCCUUGGAGAUCGCGCUUGGUUUUACCCCUACGAUCCCUCCGCGCCACCGAUCUAUAUGGGUGAAGCAGCAUGUACGGCUUUUGCAACGCGCCUACGCCAGUUUCUUACCGGGAACCCGGAAACAGCGCACGUAGCGCGAACACAAUAUACACCCGAAUCGGCCUUGGUAGAAGCAGAAACGCAAUGGCCGCGUCUACCACAGGCUCGGUUACUCGUUCGUGUGGCAUUUAACCAACUCAGUCGUGUAUAUCAUCUAGUCCUGCGCAAGGCAACACUUGACCAGCUAGAGGAUCUGUACAAGUUUCCGGGGAAGAGGGAGGAUCCCGCGUGGACGGCCAAGUUCUUUGCGCUGUUUGCGCUGGGAGAGGUUUAUUCUUCGAGAACGGAUUCAGCGGCUACGGCUGGGGGGAGGGUACCGGGGACGGGGUACUAUGUGCGGGUUAUGGGGUUGAUAUCGAUUUUGCCUGAGAGGCCGGGGGUUGUGCAUAUGGAGAGCUUACUUCUUUUGUCUCUAUUCUCAUACUUCCUCAACCGCCGCCACUCCGGCUACACAUUAAUUGGCACCGCCAUGCGCAUCGGUUUAAUCCUAGGUCUAAACCACAACAUCCCCGAACGCCAAUGCCCAGACCCCAUCGAGCGUGAGCACCGCGUCCGCAUCUGGUGGGCUGUGUAUAUCUUCGACCGCAUGUGGGGAUCAAAAACGGGCUUCUCAUUGCAGAUCCGCGAUGAAGAUAUUCACGUCGACUUGCCGAAAGAAGUCUCUUCUCCCGCAGCAGCAGAGCAGUUCUCGGAUACCGCGUAUCUAGUGGCGAGUGUGCAGCUCGCACGGAUCGUGGGAUUGAUUAUUGAGAAGAUAUAUAGUCGGAAGGAGCACAGAGAGUCGUUCUUACAGAGGGAGCAGCAGUUACUAUUGGCGUUGCAGGGUUGGAUGCAGGAGUUACCGGCGCAUAUACGGUUACCCGGAGAUGAUGGUCCACCAGCAAAGCAUAUUGUUUCGCUGCAUCUGCAGUUUAAUCAGUGCGUGAUUCUCGCAACCCGCCCAAUCCUCCUCCACGCCCUCUACCAACACCACGACACCCACAAACCCACCAACAAAACAUUCCAAACGGCCCAAGCCGUAAUAACCCUAAGCGAAGCCUGUAUCCACGCGGCGCGACACUCUCACGCCCUCGUCGUCGAUGAAUGGAUCAACGGGUCUCUCCCUAUGUACGGUUAUUUCUACGCACAGUAUCUCUUCUCGUCGACCUUGACACUAGUCAUCUCAAGUCUCCUAGGGUCUGGUGCUAUAGGUAGCGCUGUUGACAUCGAAGCCCUGGAAACGGGAAUCGAGAUCCUACACAGAAUGACAGACCACGGGAACCUCGCGGCUGCGGAGUUCUAUGAGAAUCUCAUACGGGUUAAGCAGACUCUCAAUCCAUCUACAAACCUCGCAGAUGAAGACUAUCGUGAGAACCAUAUCCACGAACAUAUUACCAACAGCAGCGUCUAUAAUACCCCAGAUGCGAUCGUGGAUCUACCUCAUCUGCCCAAUACCUCUACGGCAUCUGGAAUCGGGUUUACCACUGAAAUGGCGUUUCUGGAACCGACUAUGCAGGAUUUCCUGGGGAGGUCGGGGAGUGACAUGGAUUUGGUGCAGCCGGAGGAGCUUUUGUUAGGGGAGUUGGAUAGUUGGCCUACGUUGUGGACGGCGUGA